UGCGGACAGCUAGUAGGAUAGAUGGAUGGAGAAGGAUAGACGGAGAAUCGGUUUAUGUUGCUCAGUUGUUUUUAGUGUCUCAAAUAUGUCACAGUUGGAGAAUAGGCUGUUGUUGCUUCUGCUGUUGUUUGUUUGUCAGCUGAACCGGUUCCAGGCCAGGUCUCUAGUAGUGGAAGACGACGUUAAUUCAGCAGCUGAUAAACUUGAAGGUUCAAGACGAGAUGCGCGCUACAUUUUAAUCCGAAGAAAACCAAUCCCGUAUAAUUCGGAUCCAAUCCCUUACAACUCAAAUUUUGUCUAUCCUCCUGUGAACUUUCUUGCCAACGGCAAGCCGUCAAAAAUAGUUGUAAACGGUAUGGAGUAUAAUGGCGAGAGUGAAAAGAAGCCGACCUUAGCUGGAAAUAAGGAAGACGACAUUGUUUCGGUCAAACCCGCGGCACCCAGCAGACCUAACUCACCAAUCACUUGGAUUUCAGGACGUUUCCCCUUUAACGGCCUACCUUCCAACAUAUAUAUACCUUCAUACUUCCCAGCCCCUCCACCCCUCCAGCAAACCUACUCAUCACCAAUCACGUGGAUAGGGUCGGGCUUUAAUCAGAUGGGGGCGGCCGUCGGAGGACUGAGAUCGGUGCUCGCAAAUAGCGCAAUGCCCGCACACAUUUAUGUUGGAUGAAGAUUAUUAUUUGACAAAUUAAAAUGUAUUUAAUCAAAGGUUAACACCAUCUAUUUGCAAAGAAAUUGAAAGCAAUAGAAAAUUGGAAUUUGAGGUGAACAAUCAAUAUCUUUUUCGUCGUACUAUUAAUUAAUCAUUAGUUGAUAUUUUUUGUAAAAACUGUUUUAGUAUUAAAAA